AUGCCCAUGCUUUCCACCGGCCCUGAACGGACAGACAGACCCAACUGCAAUACCAUUUGCCCUCUACUGGGGGCUGAGGCCCUGUUUCUGGAGCAGGGGGGGACAAUAAACUGCUCUGAACCAACCAUCAAGUCCCUCUUCGUUGCCUUUAAGGAAAACAUAUUCAACAUGUCACCUGUGCGUCCCGUCAACAACCUGAACACCCCCACAAAUGUCAGCAUCUCCUUCCUUCUCUACGGCAUUCUGGGAGUGGAUGAAAAGGCACAGAUUCUGAAGACUUUAAUCUGGUUGACCUUGGGAUGGAAAAUUGAAUUUUUGAGUUGGGACCCAACACAGUGUGGAAGCUCAUCCAUUAUCCUGCCCAGGAAGAAGUUCUGGGUCCCUGACAUCAUCAUUGCGGAAAUUGUGGAUGAGAACAACGCCCCGGAGACAUACUAUGUGACUGUGAGUCACACGGGGGAGGUGCAGGAUGCUUUGCCAGUGGAAGUCAUCAGUUCCUGUGAUCUGGACAUCUUCAAGUUCCCCUUCGACAUACAGAACUGCUCCUACACCUUCAACUCCUGGAUACACCAUGUUGAUGAGAUUCAGCUAUCAUUUGGAAAUCAGGUGGAAGAGAUGUUCAACAGGUCCAAGAUUGUCAUGGCCACCCAGGGAGAGUGGGAAUUCAUAGACUUGAGGGCCUUAAAGCAUGAACUAGUCAACUUUGAAGGGAUGACGCGUGAUCAGCUCAAAUACUAUAUUACACUCAGGCGGCAGCCAACCAUGUACGUGGUGAACCUACUGAUCCCAAGCUUCCUCUUGAUCACACUGGACCUGUUCAGCUUCAUCCUGCCCCCACAGAAUGUCGACCGCUCUGCCUUCAAGAUGACCCUCAUUCUGGGUUACACCGUCUUCCUGCUCCUCAUAAACGACCUGCUGCCCGUCACUGGAAACUCCAUUCCACUCAUCAAUGUGUUUUUCUCCUUGUGUCUCGCGCUGAUGGUGGGCAGUCUGCUGGAGACCAUCCUCAUCACUAACAUGCUAUGUGGCUCCAUCCGUGACCUCCCAAUGCCCAACUGGAUAAGAGUGCUUUUCCUCAAAUACCUCGCACGACUAGUCUGCAUGGGAAAGAGCAAACGCGUUGAAAAUCAGACAGGCCGCGGUGGGAACCCUUUUGUGCCUUAUGAGGGGGAGAAACAGCAGGGGACAGGAGAGUCUAAAGAGCCCCAGACUACAGACGCCAGCCUACUGGAGCUAAAGCGCCUGAGAGACGACCUACGAGCCAUUCAAAGACAGCUGGAGAAAUCUGACACAACAAACCGAACCGAAGAGGACUGGAUCUGUAUUGGGCUGGUCAUAGACCGCCUCUUAUUUUGGGUGUACAUCAUCUUCCUCCUCCUCAGCAUCAUUGCUUUAGUGGUUAUAUGGAUUACAUGGUACUCUGGCUACCAUGAAGAAGAUCACUAA